CUUUUGAUGCACAAUCUCUCGAAACCUUGCAGGUCUGCCUGAUAUAAAUAUCCGACACCGGAUCCUCAUCAUCAUUCGUAUUCUGUGGUGCAGUUAUCUAAGUCAAUCAACAUGUUCAAGUUUAUUGUUGCUUUUGCCCUUGUUGGAUUAGUCGCCGCCGACCACAUCAACAAAGAUGCCCAAACCAAGAGCUUAAUAAACGACGUCGCCCCCGACGGCUCAUUCAAAUACGCUUUUGACACCACCAACGGAAUUGCUGUCCAAGAACAAGGAAACGCUCUCUCCGCCGCCGGAUCUGCCCAAUGGGUAUCACCCGAAGGUGCUCCAGUUUCCUUCUCCUACACUGCCGAUGAAAAUGGAUAUCAAGCUGCUGGUGAUUAUGUACCAAAGACCCCUGAUUACAUUAUUCGUGCCAUCGAAUGGAUCCGUGCCCAUCCAUCAAAGGAACAAUAUGUUGAACAAGUUGCCCCACCAAGACGUUUCUAAAUUGUUAAGAGAUAAUAAAACUGUUGAUUAGAAUUUA